CUUGUAACUCGUCCGUGCGUCGUUGUUCCGUUGACUUGACCCCAGGACUGCUUCAAGCUAGCCUUGUUUCACACUCCCGUAAUUGGGAACGCUAUUCCAGAAGGCAUACAAUUGUCUAUUCAGAGUUUGCUGUCGUUGCCAUAAUGAGUUGAAGUGCGCAAACAAACUGUUACAAAGGCGGAGCUGAAUGCGCUGCGGGGGUUUGACUCCACAUUUCUGGAAGGGUCUACCGUGCACGUCGUCCAUCUAGCCCGCAUUGGUGCUUGACGAUUAACAAAGGAGCGAAAAAAAGAGCAAACUAUACGGAAAGUUAUAUACUUACUCCAGACACACUGGCAACUCUAUCUGCAAUCCCCAAGCUUCAUUCGAAGACAUGGCACGGAUAAAGGAUACGACGAGAAAGCCGGCAAUCCAGCCCACCGCAAGCCCAGAACCGGCACCGCCUCCAGAUACGGUUGACGAAGGGCUGGAAAGUUCAGGCUCAAGCUAUCGCCCAGACCCCGAUGAUGAUUCAGCAUCAGAUACAGCUCCGAAGAAGGUGGCAACGCGUGCAAGUUCCAAGAAAGAUCGAACGAUGAAGAACGUCGCGAAGGAGACCAGAAGCAAGGCACCGAGGACCCGGAAAUCCGGAGUCGAUGAUGACGAGCCGCACGAAACUGCGUCGAAGAGAACACGACAGGCCUCCAGCAAGAGCAACAGCAAGAGUCCGAUCGUCCUUUCUUCCGACGAUGAUUUAUCCAGCGCGGAGGACUAUGAAUUUCCGGACCAGUCGGAGCCGAGCGGGCGAAGCCAGAAGGAGAAAAGCGUACCCGGCGGCCGAACUCCGAGCAAAGACGCGCCUUCUCCGGGUCCCGGUAGACCGAAUCCCCUUCUCCAUGGUCGCCCUAGACCGUCUCGCGUCGGUGAAGCCAGCCAGGUCCCUUCACACCACAGUGGUCCCCGGCGCGGGACCUCCGGCGAGGCGGGAUCCGGGGAAGACAACAUAGAGCAUCCACCUCGUCAAGCGGGCACCGCUCCAUCUGACGAACCGGAGCAGACAUCCCUCGUGCAACAUCAAACGGGGGAGGCAGCUCAAUCAGGGGCGGAACCUUCAGCAGAAGACGAGGAGGUGAGUGUUCCGGCGCGCAAGAAAGCCUUUUCAAAGACCAGCAUGUUUGCUGGAUCAAUGGCUAAGUGGGAUGCACAGAAAAAGGCCGAGGACACACUGGCUAGCCCGACGACGGUCGAUGCAUCCAUACUCCGCCCGCCGCCAGCCCAGGAGAAUGCCACUCAACCCAUGGACCGCCAGCCAAUCGAGCCGGGACAAGCAAGGAGCACUGGGUCUCCGGGGAUUGGAGACGGUCCAGCUCAGGAAACCCAGCCCAGUCCUCGCCCAGGCGAGCGAAAAGUAGCUCUAUCGCUACCGCAAAAUACUGUCUCGCCGACAAUGCCAGAUUCAAUGGCCCCGGACAGUCUGUCGGAAGACCACGAAGCAAAGGACAUGUUCGCCAAAAUCCUAGAGUUGGCCAAGGAAGACACUCAGUGGCUGAAUACCGUCAAGCCUGGUGAUUAUGACUUCGCGGAUGAGGAGUCAAAAGACGCUGCGGUACAGCACCGGUACGGGGACGCGCGUGACUUGCUGGCCACUUGUUUCCGCCUUCUCCGCGAUGAUGUGCCCGUCAGGGAAGUUGAGCAACUGAGCUACUUCGAUACGAUCAAGACGCGAUUCGUGGGCCAGCUGGGACGCAUCCAGGACGGCGAGGGCUCGGCUACCGGGGAUCUCCAGCACGACGACGAAGUCUACACGCCCUGUGAGAGAUGGAGCACCUACUUCGAAAACUUGUCCAGAUUUGAUCCAGAAAACUGGGUCAGUCGGGAACCCCAUGGCGCAAACGAACGGCACAAGCUGUGGCAGCUCGUUAUCCAUCGUACUCCUCACCUCUUGCAACACCGGAGCUGGGUCUUGCUCCUGGUCCUCACGCUUGCCCCCAAAGUCGCCCUGCUGAGCGAGAUGAACCGCCUGGGUAUGAGGGUUGACGAGGACUGGUACGAAGACGCUAUUUCAGACCUGCUCAAAGAGUUCCGGAAGGCGUGCAGAGAUAGGGAGUACACGACUGCGAAGGUGGUCAGGCUAUUCGAUGCGGUUUCUUCGAGAUUCCAUGAAGCGGAAUGUCGAUCCUUGGGACAAGGGGGAACGGCGGGAAGGAAGCGCAAGGCUGAUAGAGAUAGGACCGGAGUAAUUGAAGGAGAAGAGGAACGCGAAGCAAAGAAGGCCAAGAUAGAAGAGGCGCCCAAGGACGACGGCGGCGGGGGGAAUGGAGUUGAGGGUGCUGGAAGCUCGUAGAUGGAGGACGAUCGACAGGCCGAUGAGUCGGAAAGUACAUCUUAUGGAACUAGCCCAGCUAUCCUCCUAUAUAGAAUGACGGGUUGGCGAGAGUCAGUCUCAGUCUCUGAAGGCCUUUCAAAUCGUAUCAUGCAAUAUCAAGCUAUCCCACACGGCCGAAUAGUGCCUGACGGCGGUCGACAUGCCCCAUACCGUCGUCGCCGCCCUUUCUGUGACUUACAAAGCGAGAAAAAAAGAUAAAGGCGCCGCAGUGCUGAUUGUCGAACAUGG